AUGGAGCGACGGCUGCAAAACCAACAGGAAUUCCAUCAUCGAGAGAUGUUGAAAAUGCAACAGCAACAACAAACUAUCAUUCAACAAGCGGUGACUCAGACCAAACAAGCACUCCUGCCAGAUAUGGAAUCAAUGUUUGAAAGACUCAUGCUCAAAAUGCCUUCAAUUCCCCCGGCACCAAACCCUCAACCUCCAGCAUCUCAUUCUUAUAUGCCGGGGAUGCUACCACCAAUGGGCCAGCAGUAUGGACACCCCUACCAACCACAGUAUGGCUACCAACAUCAGAUGACAUCCAGACACAACACUGGUGGUCACAAUGCCAACAAUACAGGAAGUGUCUACCAACCUUUGCAAGAUGUACUGAUGCAACGCACAGGCCAACAGCAGGAAGCCACCAGUGCAGCCAAUCAUCAAGGAUCCACCCAGGGAACACCAACUGCACCUGGCCCAAGCCCUGCUCCACCACCAACAGGUGGCUUCGCGGGCUUUUCCCACCACCACCCGCCCCCUAGUGGAUCUGCCGGUGGUGGUGCAACUUAA